AGAUGCAAAAACCAAAGAGCAACCCCACACACACAAACCCAGAGAAUCAUCAAGAAGAGUACUAAAAGAAAAGAUGAAGGCAUCAAGAAUUGGGACGGUCUUAAUGAUAGUAGGAUUGAUAUUAUUGAUAUCAAACUCAAAUGAAGUAAUGGUGGAAGGAGCAGAUGGAGUGGCAUGCAAUCCGAUGCAAUUGAGUUCUUGUAUGAACUCAAUCAUAUCAGGAGCUCCACCAUCAACCCAAUGUUGCAGCAAGAUCAAAGAGCAAAAGCCCUGUCUCUGUGGUUACCUCAAAAACCCUAUUCUUAAGAGCUUUGUUAGUUCCCCAAAUGCAAGAAAAGUAGCUAAUGAUUGUGGAACUCCUUUCCCAAAUUGCUGAACAAUCAUCCAUUUCAUAAUGGCUUGCUUGAUUGUGUGUCUGUGUGUUUCUCAUCACCAAUCCCUCUUUCGUGUUCUAUGUUCUUCUUGUCUGUAAACUGCUCCGUUUUAUGUUUGUGUUUUGUUGAAUAAUAAUAUGUAAUGCACAACUAAUACUUUGGUAGUUUGGCUCUCCUAGUUUGGGUUGUUAGUCAUUUCUUUGCAACCCAACCACAAAAAAAGGGGGAAAAAAAGCUUGUGGCUGUGGUUGGUUCCAAGUAAUCAAGAUAAAGAUAUAUUUCUAAA